AUGAAGGGAAAGAUGGGUUUGGUUGUGAUCACAAGAAGGGAUUUGAUGUACAAAAGUAAUUUAUCCAACAAGAGUAAUAAUAUUUCUAAGCGUCGCAUGAUUCCAAAGAGAGGUCAAGUGAAAAUGGGGAUUGUGGUUGGUUUGUUUCAUAAUGUUUCUUCCAUUUUCUCUUCAAGAUGUGUUCAAUUAUCUUGA